AUGGUGCAUUGUGAAGUGGGCUCUGGUAUUACGGCAAGUUUCUGGCUCGAUAACUGGACAUCUCUUGGUCCGCUUAUCAAUCUGGUAGGAGAAAGAGGCCCUCAUGUCACUGGAUUAAGUAUUGAUGCAGUGGUUGCUGCCGCCUUAUCUGAUGAUGGAUGGUGGCUCAAUCGUAGUCGUAGCAGAAAUGCGGUUAUUUCUCUUCUAAGAGAUUGUUUACCAAAUGCGCAGGAAAUAAUUGACUCUGAAGUGGAUGACAAAUAUGUUUGGUAUCCGGAAGGUGUUGGUGGUACCGGCAUUUUCUCAUCGAGAGAGACUUGGAGAGCGUUACACCCUUCUCCACCCGAGGUGUCGUGGCACAAAGUUGUGUGGUUUGAGGGUCGAAUCCCAAAACAUGCUUUCAUUGCUUGGGUUGCUGCUCGGGAUCGGAUGGUAACUAGGGACAAGCUUCUGAGGUGGGGUUUGACGGUUCCCUCUAGUUGCGCUAUGUUCUGGGCAUGA